UCUACUUCCACUUGCAAUCGUGCUCCUUAUUCAGUUUUCAUCACUUCCCUUCCUCGCUGCUUGCUUUUAUUUUUAUGAUCUUCCUCGUUGCUUGCUAAUUGCUAUAGUGUGUUGUUUUGUUAUACCUAAUAAAAGAGAGGAUAAAUUAAGUACUGUACUGUUGUGAGUAGUAUCUUUCUUUGAUUUUCUUGAUGAUCAUGCCUUCCAAGAAUGGUACUUGUCGGCUCUCGGUUUUGUUUGUGGCGGGGAUACUGGUGAUGAUGUUUGCCAUCAGUUGUAGCUGCUCUGGUGCUGAUCAUUCUUCAACCACAACCGAAGAAAGCCAAGAUUUUGAAGUGGUGACGGAUGGAAUGAAAGAAGCAAGAGGUAAGACAGAAGAGAAGGCAGAUGAGGAUGGUAAAGAAGCCAAAGAAUCCACCGAGUCAUGGGCCGAAUGGGCCAAGGAGAAAAUCUCUGAAACCAUUGGGCGAAAGCAGGAUGAUACCAUGGAGGCUGCUAAGAGAGCUUCUGAUACAGCCUCUGACACUGCUAAGAAGACCAAAGACAGAGCUUCUGAAGCCACUCAAUACGGUGCAGAAAGGGCAGGUGACAUGAAAGAUACUGCGACAGAGAAGAUUAAAGAAAUGGCAAAUGCAGCCAAAGAGAAGGUUAGCGAAAUGGCAAGUGCAUCGAAAGAAACGAUUGCUUCCACAACAGGUGCAACUAAAGAGAAGGCAAGUGAAGCCUCUGGAGCAGCAAAAGAAAAGGUCUAUGAAGCAGAGGAAAAGGCAGCAGAGAAAGCAGAGCAGAUAAAGGAGAAGACAGCUCGAAAUGCCGAAGAAGCCAAAGAGAAGGCUAAAGAGGCCACAGGUAUGGAUAAAGAGAAGGCAGAAGAGGAAAAGGAGGCGGCUAAAAAAACGCAGAAGAGCGCAACAGAAGAAGACAAGAAAAGGGAAGCUGAGACAGGGGAGAAUCUAAGCUGGGCCAAGGAGAAAGCUCAAGAGAAUUAUGAGACUGCGAAGCAAAAGGCUGCCGAAACUCUGGAGGCUACAAAGCAGGAGUCACAGUAUAUUAAGGAAAAAGUAGGUGGUAGUGGUAAAGAAAGGGAUGGAGAGCUUUGAGAUAUAUCUGUGCAUUACAUUUCAACCAAGUUUUAUGGAUCUCUCCAAUCCCGUGUUGUUGUUUUGUGCUUUUAAUUCAGAUGUAUGAGCUUUGUCUGUAAAUAAGAAGAGAUCCAUCUUCCUUCGCUUCC